AUGCAAGGAAUAAAAAGCUUCGCAAAAUAUUCUUUAGUUUUCCUUUCAGGAAUAGGAUUUUAGUAGAUAUACUCUAACAAAAAAGUUAAUUUAAUGGAAGCAAUUGAUGCUAAAACAUCUUAAUUUAGGGAGUAUUUAAACGAACACAAAUUUAUCUAUCCUAAGAUUUAUGAUAGCUACUUAAAUUUUUGGAAUAAAGAUCACUUCUUAGAAAAACUCAUUUUAAAGGAGAGCAAUGGGUUACUCCACUAUAAGAUAUUCUUCCCAGAAGAGUUUUUAGAAAACAUUUUUAAAGAAGAUAGCCAAUAAACAGUUGAAGAAAAGCUGAAAUAUUGUAAAAUGUCUUGUGUUUUCACAGCAAGUUCUUCAUUGCAAGGACAUAUGGAUAUAGUUCAUGGAGGAUUCUUGGCAACAAUUAUUGAUAAUCUCUAUGGAUAAUUGGGAACUCUGUCAAAUGACUUGAAACCUUGCGCAACAGCUAAUUUAAAUAUAAAUUACAAAAAACCAGUAAAAGUAGGAGAAGAAUAUAUUAUUAAGCUAGAAGUUUCUAAAAUAGAUGGAAGAAAAGUCUACAUUACUGCUUAGAUAGAAGACCACAAAGGUCAAAUCCACAUUGAAAGCACAGCUCUUAUGAUUUCUGUUAAUUGGGGAACUUCAUCUUGGAAAAAGAUGUUCACCCAUUUACACAAUAUUUCCAAAUUGAAUGAAAAUCCUAUUGAAAAGCAGUAAAAUCUUAUUUUGUAAAAAGACAGUAAUUUGAUUAAUCCAGAAUACAUGCUAAAUAAGGAGUAUUUAAAGUUAGAGCGUCCUAUGUCGCGCCUUUAUGAUUUAUUUAUUCCAUAUUGA